AUGCCAUCCUUCUUUGGCCUGAAGUGUUUGGAGAGGUCAUGCAGCUCGGAGGAAGGCAAAGUCCUCUCAUCCCACAGAACCAGCACCAGGGGCUCGUACACACAGAGACUGGUUGUGAAGGACGUGAGCAUCACCGAGACCCCUUACCCCACUCACAGGCGAGCCACCAUCACACACCUGUUGUACCUACACCCGGAGGACCACUGCCUGCAUGAACACGUGUUUAACAGCCUUGGUCAUCUCGUGGCCCACCCUCAGGACCCUCCCCACUCAUCAGAGAAGCCUGUCAUUCACUGCCAUAAGUGCGGGGAGCCAUGCAAGGGGGAGGUGCUUCGGGUCCAGACCAGACACUUCCACAUCAAGUGCUUCACCUGCAAAGUGUGUGGCUGUGACCUGGCGCAAGGGGGCUUCUUCAUCAAGAAUGGGGAGUACCUCUGUACCCUGGACUACCAGCGCAUGUACGGGACACGCUGCCACGGCUGCGGAGAAUUCGUGGAAGGAGAGGUGGUAACUGCUCUGGGCAAAACCUACCACCCCACCUGCUUUGCCUGCACUAUCUGCAAGCGCCCGUUUCCACCCGGAGACCGAGUCACGUUCAAUGGGAGAGACUGCCUCUGUCAACUCUGUGCCCAGCCGAUGUCCUCCAGCCCCAACGAAGCUGCCUGCUCCGGCAAUUGCGCCGGCUGCGGUCGAGACAUCAAGAACGGGCAGGCAUUGCUGGCCCUGGAGAAGCAGUGGCACCUGGGGUGCUUUAAAUGCAAGUCGUGCGGGAAGGUCCUCACCGGGGAGUACAUCAGCAAGGAUGGUGCUCCGUAUUGCGAGAAGGACUACCAGGGGCUCUUCGGGGUGAAAUGUGAAGCCUGUCACCAGUUUAUCACGGGGAAAGUGCUGGAGGCAGGUGACAAGCAUUACCACCCCAGCUGUGCACGAUGCAGCAGAUGCAACCAGAUGUUCACAGAAGGAGAGGAAAUGUAUCUUCAAGGUUCCACCGUUUGGCAUCCCGACUGUAAGCAGUCCACCAAGUCAGAGGAGAAGCUGCGGCCGACCAGGACCUCGUCGGAGAGUAUUUAUUCUCGACCCGGCUCCAGUAUCCCUGGCUCACCAGGUCAUACUAUCUAUGCAAAAGUAGACAAUGAAAUUCUGGAUUACAAGGAUUUAGCAGCCAUUCCCAAGGUCAAGGCCAUUUAUGACAUUGAGCGGCCAGAUCUCAUUACCUAUGAACCUUUCUACACUUCGGGCUACGAUGACAAGCAGGAGAGACAGAGCCUUGGGGAGUCUCCAAGGACUUUGUCUCCCACCCCUUCAGCAGAAGGCUACCAGGAUGCUCGGGACCGGAUGAUCCACCGGUCCACCAGCCAGGGCUCCAUCAACUCCCCGGUGUACAGCCGCCACAGUUACACUCCGACCACGUCACGCUCCCCCCAGCAUUUUCACAGGCCUGGCAACGAGCCGUCCAGCGGCCGGAACUCCCCUCUCCCUUACCGGCCAGACAGCCGCCCUCUCACUCCAACUUACGCUCAGACCCCUAAACACUUCCAUGUUCCAGAUCAAGGGAUCAACAUUUACCGAAAGCCACCCAUCUACAAACAGCAUGCUGCCCUGGCAGCCCAGAGCAAGUCUUCAGAAGACAUCAUCAAGUUUUCCAAGUUCCCAGCAGCCCAGGCUCCAGACCCCAACGAAAUACCAAAGAUUGAGACGGACCACUGGCCAGGUCCCCCCUCACUUGCUGCCAGAGGAACUGAUACGAGACGCAGAUCUAGUGGCAGAGAGGAAGAUGAGGAAGAACUUCUGCGGCGCCGACAGCUCCAAGAAGAGCAAUUGAUGAAGCUCAACUCAGGCCUGGGGCAGUUGAUACUGAAAGAAGAGAUGGAGAGGGAGAAGGAGAGCCGGGAAAGGGCCGCUCUCCUAGCCAGUCGCUAUGAUUCUCCCAUCAACUCAGUGUCUCAUGCUCCAUCAUCGAAAACCUCGUCCCUCCCAGGCUAUGGCAAAAAUGGACUCCAUCGGCCUGUCUCCACCGACUUUGCUCAGUACAACAGCUACGGGGACGUCAGUGGUGGAGUCCGAGACUACCAGACGCUGCAGGACGGCCAUAUGUCUGGAAUGCGGAUGGACCGGGGAGUAUCUAUGCCCAACAUGUUGGAACCAAAGAUAUUUCCAUACGAAAUGCUCAUGGUGACCAACAGAGGGCGCAACAAAAUCCUAAGAGAUGUGGACAGAACCAGGCUGGAGCGUCACCUGGCCCCAGAAGUGUUUCAGGAAAUCUUCGGAAUGUCCAUACAGGAGUUUGACAGGUUACCUCUCUGGAGACGCAACGACAUGAAGAAGAAAGCAAAACUCUUCUAA